AAUGUUCAGCAACAGAAACUCUUCCUGAUGACACUCUCUAUUUCCUUUACUCCCUUAUCCUGGCACAGGUCUAUGCAAAAUGCAAGUGGGCGUCGGAUUUACUUUUUCGGAAUUCCCCACUGUUCUAUAUCGGUAUAUCCGAAUGCGGUAGAUAGUAGCUUCCUGUGCUGAUACUGUGCGAAAUAAAAUCCCGUCUGAACCGUCCGAGGGACAGUCGCUUUCGGCACCGCGCUCUGGCAGCAAUGAUCGUGUUCCUACUGCUUGGGGCCUUGUGCGUCGCUGCAGAUGGUAGUCAGUACCGGUUCGACUACAGCUACCACGAAAUAGCGGAGGGAUGGUUCAAAGUCCACAAGAUACCUGCCUCAUGGGACGAGGCCAGGGUACGCUGUGAUUUAGAAGGAGCUGUUCUCGCUUCACCGAUAAACGUGAAUGUGACAUCAGCACUGACGGAGCUCAUGAAGCAGGCAGGCCCGGACCUGGAGUGCGGCGUGUUCACUGGCACCAACGCUCGGUUCUCGAAGGGCGACUACUACUCUAUAGAAGGAGUGCCAUUGUUGAGAAUGCCAGUGGAGUGGGUGCCGUCGGAGCCCGACAACUACAACAACGAGGAGGAGUGUAUAGUGAUGGUCGGUAACGGUUCCAUCGCCGACGCCAACUGCUCGAUGGUCAUGCCCUACGUCUGCUACAAGAAAGCGGGCAAAAUUGUUCCCGUCAACGAAUGCGGCACGUCAGAUAACGGAUAUAAAUUGUUCCCGAAGACUGGCAACUGCUACAAGUUCCACACCCAAGCCCGAAACUGGUCGAGAGCCUUCGAGGCGUGCUCCGCCGAAGGUGGAUACCUGGCCAUCCCCAACGACAGGGUCGAGGCCAUGCACCUGAGGGACUUAUUCAGAGACAACCUCAACCGGGCCGCUAUCACCACCAAAUUCAAAAACGUCAUGUUCCUGGGAUUCCUGGACAUAAAUAGAGACGGAGUUUGGACGACCGUUCACGGAUCACGGUUAGAGGACAACUAUGCUGGUUGGAAGCAGAACCAGCCGGACGGGCGAAAGGACGGCCAGGUCUGCGGCGCCAUGUUCCAGGAUGGAGAACUGGACGACUUCUGGUGCAGAGACCUUGCGCCGUUUGCGUGCGAGAAGACCGUAGACAGCUUGAUAUAGUUG